UAAUGGCAGGUCACAUAGCAGCUCACCGUACAGUGAUAUCAAUAGGCGCGAACGUCAGUUGUUUUUUAUUCAAUAUAAAUUUGCUGUAUAAGUAUUUAUGUACACAUUGUUGCAGUUAAUAGUAUGAAUUGGUUUUAAUAUGUGGGUAUUUCAGGUCUUCAUUGUGUUGGCAUUUAAAGUGGGUGGUUUGUAAGUGUUAAGUGUAGUAUCAUCAUAGGAAACGUUUGGCGUUGUGCCCCGGCGCCUGUGACAAUGGAGGGCGGCGGAAAAACAAUAACGACUGCUCAGCAGCAGGAGAAGGUGAAUUUCAUUGUGGGAUGUGAAGAAAACCAUGAGGACAGUCGUCAAGAAGGCGAAAUCCAAGAGGAGGAGGCCAGUGACUUGUUCCCAACAGAAGGAAACCCUCCAACCCGCGAGAAUAGUAGUUCCUCCAACCUGAACAGCAUGUUCGCCCUUGCCGAGAAGAGAAAACGUCUCAGGCCAAGCAUGUCACAAGGUACGGUCAUGGUCCAACCCAAACAAGACAAGGACUUUACAGUUGGAACACCCGAGGAAUUUGUUAGAAGAUUUGGUGGCACGAAGGUUAUCAACAAGGUUUUAAUUGCCAACAAUGGGAUUGCUGCUGUCAAGUGCAUGCGUUCUAUUCGCCGCUGGUCCUAUGAGAUGUUCAGAAAUGAGAGGGCUGUUCGGUUUGUGGUCAUGGUCACCCCAGAGGAUUUGAAAGCUAAUGCAGAGUACAUCAAAAUGGCAGAUCAUUAUGUUCCUGUACCUGGAGGUGCUAACAACAAUAACUAUGCCAAUGUAGAACUCAUCCUAGACAUCGCCAUCCGGACCCAAGUUCAGGCUGUUUGGGCAGGAUGGGGUCAUGCAUCAGAGAACCCAAAAUUACCAGAGUUGCUGCACAAAAAUAACAUUUCUUUCAUUGGUCCAUCAGAGAAAGCUAUGUGGGCAUUAGGCGAUAAGAUUGCGUCAAACUUUGUAGCUCAGACUGCUGAAGUUCCAACAUUGCCAUGGUCUGGAAGUGAUCUGAAGGCACAAUAUGCCGGAAAGAAAAUCAAGAUCUCUUCAGAACUGUAUAAGAAAGGUUGUGUGACUAACCCAGAGGAAGGACUACUGGCAGCACAGAAAAUCGGCUUCCCUGUGAUGAUCAAGGCUAGUGAAGGUGGCGGAGGGAAAGGUAUCCGUAAAGUGGAAGCAUCUGAAGAGUUUGCCUCUGCGUUUAGACAGGUUCAAGCAGAAGUGCCUGGGUCACCCAUCUUUGUGAUGAAGCUAGCCCGCUGUGCUCGUCAUCUUGAAGUUCAGCUAUUGGCUGACCAAUAUGGAAAUGCCAUUUCCUUGUUUGGGCGUGACUGUUCCAUCCAGCGUCGUCAUCAAAAGAUCAUAGAGGAGGCCCCUGCUGUUAUUGCCGAACCAGAAGUGUUUGAGGACAUGGAAAAGGCUGCAGUUCGGCUGGCAAAAAUGGUAGGCUACGUGAGUGCAGGGACAGUGGAGUACCUGUAUGAUACAGAUGGUAAUUACUUCUUCUUGGAGCUGAACCCUAGACUGCAAGUAGAGCACCCAUGUACUGAGAUGGUGGCAGAUGUGAACCUACCAGCUGCACAGCUGCAGAUUGCUAUGGGUCUUCCCUUGAGUCGCAUAAAGAAUAUUCGUCAGUUAUAUGGAGAGAGUCAGUGGGGUGAUUCAUCUAUAGACUUUGAUAACCCUCGUCACAAACCACAGCCAUGGGGACAUGUGAUAGCAGCACGAAUCACGAGUGAGAAUCCUGAUGAAGGCUUCAAACCUAGUUCUGGAACAGUACAGGAAUUAAACUUCAGAUCAUCAAAGAAUGUAUGGGGAUACUUCAGUGUUGCGGCAUCAGGAGGAUUGCACGAAUUUGCUGACUCUCAGUUUGGACACUGUUUCUCAUGGGGUGAGAACAGGGAGCAAGCCAGAGAGAACCUCGUGAUUGCACUGAAGGAAUUGUCUAUCAGAGGAGAUUUUCGUACAACGGUGGAGUAUUUGAUUAAACUCCUAGAGACCCCAAGUUUCCAGGAUAAUUCCAUUGACACAGCCUGGCUGGAUGUAUUGAUCGCAGAGAGGGUGCAGGCUGAGAAACCCGACAUCAUGCUGGGCGUGAUUUGUGGGGCAUUACAUGUAGCAGACAGGACUGUGCUUAAUUCAUUCCAGCAUUUUCAGACAUCAUUGGAGAGGGGGCAAAUCCAAGGUUCUAACACACUGUCCAACACAGUGGACGUUGAGCUUAUCCAUGAAGGUUAUAAAUACAAGGUGCAGGCCACCAAGUCUGGUCCCAACUCAUAUUUUCUUGUGAUGAAUGGUUCCUGGAAGGAGAUAGAAGUGCAUCGCAUGUCAGAUGGAGGUAUCCUGCUCUCUGUGGAUGGUUCUAGUUUCACAACAUACAUGCGUGAAGAAGUAGACAGGUACCGUAUUGUGAUAGGCAAUCAGACAUGUGUGUUUGAGAAAGAGAAUGACCCUUCACUACUUCGCUCACCUUCUGCUGGUAAACUGCUGAAUUAUCUGACAGAAGAUGGUGGUCAUGUGAAUGCAGGGCAGGCCUAUGCAGAAAUAGAGGUGAUGAAGAUGGUGAUGACACUGACUGCUAAUGAAGCAGGUAGUGUUUUUUAUGUAAAGAGGCCUGGUGCUGUGCUGGAUGCUGGAUCUCUCCUUGCACAUCUAGAGCUUGAUGAUGCUUCACUUGUAACAAAGGCUCAAGAGUACAAGGGUCAGUUUCCUGAACUGGAAGUGUCUACACCUGUUGUCGGAGAAAAAUUGAACCAUGUUCAUGCCAGUUAUCGUGUCAUGCUGGAGAAUAUUCUGUCAGGUUACUGCCUUCCAGAUCCAUACCACCAAGCUAGACUGCGGGAGGUCAUUGAGAAAUUUAUGAGUUCUCUGCGGGAUCCAAGCCUUCCUCUGUUAGAGUUACAGGAAGUUAUUGCCUCUAUAUCUGGCCGCAUUCCUGUGUCAGUGGAGAAGAAAAUUAGAAAACUUAUGGCAUUGUAUGAACGCAACAUCACCUCUUCAUGCUGCUACACUUCAGAAGAGAGCAGACCGGGAUGUCUUUUUUUUAACAACACAGAGCAUUGUACAACUAGUGCAGCGAUAUCGUAAUGGCAUUCGUGGCCGCAUGAAGUCUGCAGUCCAUGAACUCCUCCGACAGUAUUAUGCAGUGGAGAGCCAGUUCCAACAAGGUAGUUAUGACAAGUGUGUGACAGCAAUAAGAGAAAGAAAUAAGGAUGACAUGGCAGCAGUUACGGCAACAAUCUUCUCCCAUGCUCAGGUUGCCAAGAAGAACAUGUUGGUCACAAUGCUAAUUGAUCACCUGUGGUCCAAUGAACCAGGCCUUACAGAUGAACUUGCAACAACUCUGAAUGAGCUGACAUCCCUCAACAGGAGUGAACAUUCUAGAGUAGCCCUCCGAGCCAGACAAGUUCUGAUAGCAGCUCACCAACCAGCAUAUGAGCUUCGUCAUAACCAGAUGGAAUCUAUCUUCCUCUCAGCAGUAGACAUGUAUGGUCAUGACUUUCAUCCAGAGAAUCUUCAGAAGCUUAUCAUGUCAGAAACAUCCAUCUUCGACAUCCUUCAUGACUUCUUUUAUCAUUCCAAUAAGGCUGUAUGCAAUGCUGCACUUGAGGUAUAUGUCAGGCGAGCAUACAUCUCAUAUGAACUGACAUGUCUCCAACUGCUUGAACUCUCUGGAGAAAUCAGUGUCAUACAUUUCCAGUUCUUGCUACCAUCAUCACAUCCAAAUAGGAUUCCACAUAAUAAAAGAAGAGCAGAAGCUUCAAGCGAACUGUCUGAAUCCUCUCUCACACUUACCAACUGCCAACGCACUGGAUGUAUGGCUGCAUUUGAAUCAUUCUCACAAUUUGAGCAAUAUGCAGAUGAGAUGCUGGAUCUAUUGGAAGACCUGUCAUCACCAGCUGUUGUGUCUCCCAAAGUGCUGGAAGCAGUGGAGAGUGGCAGUGAAUCUCGUCUCAGCACAAGUAUUAACAUCAGCAUGUCUGUAGGAGAUGGGAGAGCAAAUGCAGAUGAAUUGCAGAAGCAAUCUGAACCCAUCUAUAUCUUGAGUGUGGGUAUAAAGGAUAAUGGAGACACAGACGAUUCUACAUUGAGCCGAAUGUUUGGGGGCUUCUGCAAUAGUAAUCGGGAAGAACUUGCUAACAGGGGCAUUAGGCGGGUUACAUUUGCUGUACUUGUGAGGCGCCAGUUCCCAAAAUUCUUCACGUACCGAAGACGAGACAACUUCACUGAAGAUCGAAUCUACAGGCACCUUGAACCAGCCAUGGCAUUCCAACUGGAGCUCAAUAGGAUGCGCACAUAUGAUCUUGAAGCUCUGCCUACCUCAAACCAGAAAAUGCAUGUUUAUCUAGGCAAAGCCAAGGUGGCCAAGGGCCAGGAGGUUACAGACUGUCGGUUUUUUGUCCGGUCCAUUAUCCGUCAUUCGGAUCUGAUAACUAAGGAAGCAUCUUUUGAGUACCUGCAAAAUGAGGCAGAACGAGUGCUUUUGGAAGCUAUGGAUGAGUUGGAAGUGGCCUUUUCACAUCCUCAAGCAAAGCGUACCGACUGUAAUCAUAUAUUCCUUAACUUUGUGCCAACUGUGAUCAUGGAUGCUGCUAAGAUUGAAGAGAGUGUCACGAACAUGGUGAUGCGAUAUGGUCCUAGACUGUGGAAGUUGCGGGUACUUCAAGCUGAGCUGAAGAUGACAAUAAGACCAUCACCAAACAGUAAGAUGACUAAUGUAAGGCUGUGUCUUGCAAAUGAUAGUGGCUACUCCCUGGACAUCUGGGUUUACAAGGAAGUUACUGACCCUAAGACAGGUGUGAUCAAAUUUGAAGCCUAUGGAAAUAAGCAAGGGCCUAUGCAUGGUCUCCCUAUCUCUACACCAUAUGUGACCAAAGAUUAUCUGCAGCAAAAGAGGUUUCAGGCACAGAGUGUGGGUACCACCUAUGUGUAUGACAUCCCUGACAUGUUCAGACAAAUGACGGAGAAGCUGUGGAAGGAGUUCAUCAAGGAGUGGCCAGCAGAGCAACUGACAAUCCCUUCAAAAGUUAUGGAUAGUGUGGAACUGGUAUUGGAAGGAGAUGAUCAUCUAGUUGAACAGAAACGUCUGCCAGGAGAAAAUAACAUAGGCAUGAUUGCCUGGCGUCUUACACUCCACACACCAGAGUAUCCAUCUGGUCGUGACAUCAUAGUAAUAGCUAAUGACAUCACCUACCUAAUUGGCUCCUUUGGGCCCCGUGAAGAUAUCGUAUUCUGCCUGGCAUCAGAACUAGCAAGAAAGCUAAAAAUUCCAAGAAUCUACAUUGCUGCAAACAGUGGGGCAAGAAUUGGACUAGCUGAAGAGAUCAAACAGCUGUUCAGGGUUGCAUGGGAGGAUCCUGAGGAACCUGAUAAGGGUUUCAAAUACUUGUACUUAACACCAGAGGACUUCACCAAAGUGUCUGCCAUGAAUUCUGUUCAUGCUAUUCUUAUUGAUGAUGAAGGAGAACCUCGAUACAAAAUCACAGACAUCAUAGGUAAGGAUGAUGGGCUAGGUGUGGAGAACCUGCGGUAUGCUGGUAUGAUUGCUGGAGAAACAUCACAAGCAUACAAAGAAGUAGUGACAAUAUCUAUGGUGACGUGUCGAGCUAUAGGCAUUGGUUCCUAUCUGGUUCGACUUGGACAAAGGGUGAUUCAGAUAGAAAAUUCACAUAUUAUCCUGACAGGCUACAUUGCUCUCAAUAAGCUACUUGGACGCGAGGUAUAUGCUUCCAACAAUCAAUUAGGUGGCAUCCAGAUCAUGUACAACAAUGGUAUUUCCCAUAAAACAGAUCCUCGUGACCUAGAUGGCAUCUAUACUAUCCUAAAGUGGCUCUCUUAUGUUCCUAAGGACAAACUGUCUCCAGUGCCUUUUAUAAAGUCAGUUGAUCCUAUAGACCGAGAAAUCGACUACAUGCCUACCAAAGCCCCAUAUGAUCCAAGGUGGAUGCUAGCAGGUCGACAGAAUCCAAAUAAUUCAGAUGAAUGGGAAAGUGGGUUUUUUGACCGUGGAUCAUGGGAUGAAAUUAUGUUACCAUGGGCACAGACUGUGGUGUGUGGACGUGCCCGUUUGUGUGGAAUCCCUGUUGGAGUGAUAGCUGUUGAAACUCGCACAGUAGAGCUCAACCUGCCAGCUGACCCUGCCAACCUCGACUCAGAAGCAAAGACUGUAUCACAGGCAGGUCAAGUGUGGUUUCCAGACUCGGCCUACAAAACUGCUCAAGCCAUUCAAGACUUCAGCCGUGAGGGUCUCCCCCUAAUCAUCUUUGCUAACUGGAGAGGGUUUUCAGGAGGAAUGAAGGACAUGUAUGAACAAAUAAUGAAGUUUGGAGCCUACAUUGUGGAUGGGUUGCGGGAGUACAACCAGCCAAUCUUGAUAUACAUUCCACCAAAUGGAGAGUUACGUGGAGGAGCUUGGGCUGUAGUGGACACAACCAUCAAUCCUCGGCACAUGGAGAUGUAUGCAGACCCAGAGAGCAGGGGAGGAGUGCUGGAGCCUGAAGGUAUUGUUGAGAUUAAGUUCCGCACUAAGGACUUGGUGAAGACAAUGCACCGAAUUGACCCUGUGAUUAUCUCAAUAAAAUCAAAGUUGCAGUCAGUAAAUUUCCCACCAGAGGAGCGUGUACUGCUAGAACGGCAGAUCAGUGACCGAGAAAAGUUUCUCAUGCCCAUGUACCACCAGGUAGCAGUACACUUUGCAGACCUUCACGACACUCCUGAGAGGAUGCAGGAGAAAGGUGCCAUUGUGGACGUGGUUCCUUGGCGCAAGUCACGCUGUAUCCUCUACUGGAGAUUAAGGAGGCUGCUUCUGGAGAAUCAAAUCAAGAGCCAGAUGCUGAACAUCCAACCUAACUUAAGUGUAGGACAGGCUGAAGCCAUGUUGAGAAGGUGGUUUGUGGAAGACAAGGGUACAACAGUGGCAUACCUAUGGGAAAACAAUGAGGCAGUGGUUGCUUGGCUGCUCACGCAGCUUUCAGAAGAGCGAACUCGUUCUGUGGUGGCCAAUAACCUCCAUUGUGUCAAGAAAGAUGCUAUUAUCCAGCAGAUCAAAUCUAGUCUUGAGGAAUGUCCAGAUGUGGCACUGGAUGCAGUUGUUGAAAUUGUUCAGCAUCUAGCACCUCAUCAGCGUGCAGAAGCUCUGAGGACAUUGUCUCAAUUGGAUGCAAUCUCGGACAAGCAAGAACAGCAACAGCAACAGCAACAGCAACAGCAACAAAUCACACCAAGAGAAUGAUGCAACAAUGUGUUCUGCUUCCUUAAUAUUGAACCCUCACCAACAAAAAUAUCACUUCCAUUCUGGAGACCUCCGUUCCUCCAGUGCUUAUUUCCCUGCUUUAUUAAUGGUUUCCAAGGAUUUCAAAUCAUGGUAGUCCAUGCUCUUGUAUGACAUGGUUUAGGAAGUGUGGGACGCAAUUAUUAGGUGAACAGAUGUAGGCCCAUCAAUUUAUAAUGACCAUAUGGAUGAAACAUAAGUUGCCUACAGAAAACUGUUGCAUCUGUCUAAUGCAAUCCACAGUGCUCAUGCUAUAGGCAGUGCUAUAUUGUGGUGUAACUUGUAUGGGAGAACAUGUUUUACAUCAUGACAUCUUGCCCUUUUAUUGUGCAAUACUGUUUUUAUGUCCCUCCCAAACUAUUUUUCUCAUAAAGAGUUCUAGUAACUAUAUAUAUAUUAUGCUUACUAUUGAUAGGUUUCUGCACUUGGACCAUCAUCUAGUAUUCUGGAAAGAACAUAAUAUUUCAGAAACUGGCGCUGCUUCAACCUUCAGGGGACAUCUAAACUGGAGGCAUCCAGUUCCCAAAAGAUUUUGUUCAUUUGCAUAUUAAACCUAAAUAAUGAUCUCAGAUACUUUGAUGUUUUAUAACUGCCAUAUAACACAAAAUAUGAGGAUUCUAAAGGGUUCUGACAGUGGUGUAUAACACUCAG